CAGAGCCGCUGCGUAAGCGCAGGUCGGGCUGUCGUUAUACAACCGAGUUAGUCGGCGCAUACGACGCUCCUCGUACAGACAACCGCGCAGCGUUCAAGCGAGAAAUAGAGAUCGCGGAUAAAAUAUGACGUCGGACAUCAACGAGUGGUACCGAGGCCGCAAGGUCCUGGUGACCGGAGCCUCCGGCCUCAUGGGCAAGGUGCUGAUAGAGAAGCUGCUGUACUCCGUGCCCGACGUGGGCUGUGUGUACGCACUGGUGCGGAGCAAGCGCGGCAAGACGCCCGAGUCGCGGAUCGAGGACAUGUGGAAACUACCCUUAUUCUCAAGGCUAAGAGAAGAGAAACCACAUGUGAUGAAGAAACUGAUUCCCGUGACGGGAGACAUCUGCUACGAUAACCUCGGGAUCGAAGAUCAGAUGCUGAACAAACUUUAUAACGAGGUAUCAGUAGUAUUCCACUUCGCAGCCAGCUUGCGUCUCGAGGCACCGCUGAAGGAAGGGCUGGAAAUGAACACGAGGGGCACUCUGCGUGUCAUCGAGAUGGCCAGGAGAAUGAAGAACCUGACGGCUUUUGUGCAUCUUUCGACUGCGUUCUGUUAUCCGGACUACGAGAGAAUGGCUGAAAAGGUUCACGACCCACCCCACAAUCCUCACGAAGUCCUUCGCGCCGCGCAAUGGCUGACCGAGGACCAGCUGAACCUCUUAGCCCCUUCCAUAAUGAACAUGCACCCCAACUCGUACCUGUACUCCAAACGGCUGGCCGAGGCGUUGGUGAGGGACGCUCAUCCCAAACUACCGGCGUGUGUAGUUCGACCCAGUAUAGUCACGCCCUCAUACAAGGACCCGAUACCAGGCUGGGUGGACAACCUCAACGGCCCCAUCGGGCUCAUGGUGGGCGCCGGCAAGGGCGUCAUCCGCUCCAUGCACUGCUACGGCCAUUACCACUGCGAGGUCAUCCCCGUGGACAUCGCGAUCAACGCCAUCAUUGUCAUAGCUUACAAGAUCGGCACGCAGACGGAACGGUCUCCAGAGCUCCCGGUCUACAACAUAACGACCGGCGACGACAGAGACACAACCUGGAAGCAAGUGCUGGACAACGGCAAGGCGACCAUCCGAAAGUACCCCUUCGAGGGCCCCCUGUGGUACCCCGAUGGCAACAUUCGGCACAACAAGUUCAUACAUAGCCUGUGUGUAUUCUUUUACCAUCUUGUGCCGGCUUAUUUGAUUGAUUUCCUGAUGCUGAUAUUUGGACAGAAACGAUUCAUGGUUAGAAUCCAAAACAGAAUAUCCGUCGGCCUCGAAGUCCUCCAGUAUUUCACAACCAGGGAAUGGUGGUUCGACACCAACAACUUCAAGGCUCUACCGAAGUCACUGAACCCUGAGGACUUCAAACUGUUCCCUAUGGAUCUGACCAUUAUUAAAGACGAGCCGUAUAUCGAGAGUUGUAUGAUUGGCGGGAAAUUGUACUGCUUGAAGGAGAAAAUGGAAAAUCUGCCCAAAGCGAGGCUGCAGAAUAACAUUCUAUGGGUGUUAGACAAGCUGGUGUCCGUGUUCUUCUACCUGGUGAUCGUGUACUGGAUCGCGUCCUACUUCGAGCCUGCACGGGAGCUACUCUCCUAUGUCCCGCUGGUGCGGUAUCUGCCCCUCGUCGGGAAAGUCGUGUUUCCUCAGUAGAUAUUAAGACGAAAUGGUACGACACAGACAAGACAUCCACCAGACUGAGCAUAGUAGCGCUACCCCCUCUGCCACAAAUAUACGGUAGUUUUACUCCAUUUUCGAGUCAAGUGUCCUUGUGUGACGCCCGUGUCUUUGAACGGACCAAUCACGUCACGGGACUCGCUCACCUCGUCCCCCGCACCCCUGUAUUUUGGCAGCAUCGGUUUCAUGAAAUAAUUGCUCUAAGCUCCGUCUACAGGAUUCCUAGUCUAUGGGGUACGACGUCACGACGCUUCUCCAGUCCCUAUUUUUCUCUCUGGAUAACAUUGCUUCCUAACUCUUAUAAUAAAAUAAAAAAAGUCAAUAAGUAGGUACCUACUAUAUAUUUUCCAUAAUAUCAAUAUGCAGGGAGAAAAAUGAGGACUACGUUUGUAUGGAGAAGUGGUUGUCCAUUAUCCUCUUAACCAAUAUUCAUAAAACUUAACGCUUCUUAUAGUGCGCAUAAUGGUUGUGUUUACCACGUGAUAAAGGCAAUAUACAGUACUUACUUUACUUUUGUUACUCGAUAAGUACUACUAGGUAACCUUUUAUAUUAAAUCGGUGACUUUACUGACGCAAAUGACUUUGAUAACCGUUCAUAUCCGAACAACUAAUAUUGGUUUGUAACUAAUGAAACUUAAUUCCGAAAUUACUUGAAUGUAUAUUAAUAGGUUUAUCGGUUAUCUAUUUGGCAUAAUACAGUACCUAUAAUGAGUAACAUAAAAAGAUUAAAAACUAAAAUAAAAACUACCUAAAAUUAAAAACUAAACUAAUCUAGACUAAAGUAAAUCUAAAAAAGGCCCCCGCGGCAUUGUGCCAAAGAUGCUGGCAGCAUUCCCUCGCUGAAUGGCAAUACUAAUGCGUUGCGAGAGAAAGCUGCCAGCUCUCUGGUCACCGGUGGUAAAAGUCAGUUAUCUUAGUGUCAAAAGUAGCCAAAAUAAUAUUUUUAUCCAAUUGUUGGUAAAUGGGUGAAUCAAGUUUUUCUUGUCACUCGUUGCCAUAGUUAUGUUCUCCUGGGUAAUUCUUUAAAACCUGAUUUUUAGGCAUUUAAAUUCAUCAAACACGCUUUUUUGUGACACAUAAACCCUUUCCAUUGAGGGUCGUCUAUCAAGCGUGUCAGAAGAAGGUGGUGUACAAUGUCUUCUAACAAACUAUGCUACUAUUGUCUCUUGGCUGACCGGACAGAAUAACAACAAGAAAUAGUUGAUCCACUCAAAUAAUUGACUUGCAAAAAAAGUGUGCAGUAGGUAUUACAUAAAUAAUUAUGGGUAACUACUGUUUAUUUUAAUAUAGUUACCAUUUAUAAUAAUUUUAUAUCGAAUGUAAAUACUAACUACUUAAUUUGUUUGUACAUUUGCUAGUAUACGUAAUCGAUGUAAGUAUAAGUUAAUUACAGUUAAAGUUCUUUGUUUUUCCACAUAUUUUGGUGUAGCACAUAUAAUUGUGUGUUUAAUUUGAAAACUCAAAGUUACUUUUAUUACCAGCUUUAAUUAUUAUAUCGUACAUAUUCUGUAAGCGUAGUAUUUUGCUAGAACGCUAUAUGUUACGUUUCUAUAUUUUGUAAUAAAGUAUUCAAGUUAUUGUUUUGAACAUUAUUUCAAGGCAAACGUA